AUGAAGUUUACGUCUUACAGAGAUUUAGGAGAACAGCCUUUUGAUGUGCUGUACAAAGAGACGACCUCGGCCGAGGUAGCGAACUACGCGGGUCUCUCCUGCGCGCGUCUGCUGCUGCUCCGCAGCCCCGCGCUGUCCCGGGGCCGCCGGGGCCAGGCCCGGCCCUGCUCUGGCCCGCUGGACAACGGGCUUCGCUCGCCCCAGCGCCCCGGCCCGACCUCACGGUUACAGAGACUUUCACACCUGCCAAAAAUAAUUCAAGAAAGUAGCAGAUGUAGAGGUAAAAUUACCAAUAGCACGAUAACACCGUUAAAAGAUAACAGAACUUUUAUUAUCUCCCCCUACUUUGAUGACCGAGAAAGCAAAGUCACUCGUGUGAUUGGGAUCGUUCACCAUGAAGAUGUAAAAGAACUAUACUGCUGGUUCUGCUGCCAGCCCAAUGGAAAGAUAUAUGUAUCAAAAGCAAAGAUUGAUGUUCAUGCAGAUAGAUUUGGUUUCCCAUAUGGUGCAGCGGAUAUAGUGUGUUUGGAACCCGAAAACUGUGAUCCAACACAUGUAUCAAUUGAUCAGUCUCCACAUGGAAAUAUUGACCAGCUGCCAAGGUUACAGAGACUUUCACACCUGCCAAAAAUAAUUCAAGAAAGUAGCAGAUGUAGAGGUAAAAUUACCAAUAGCACGAUAACACCGUUAAAAGAUAACAGAACUUUUAUUAUCUCCCCCUACUUUGAUGACCGAGAAAGCAAAGUCACUCGUGUGAUUGGGAUCGUUCACCAUGAAGAUGUAAAAGAACUAUACUGCUGGUUCUGCUGCCAGCCCAAUGGAAAGAUAUAUGUAUCAAAAGCAAAGAUUGAUGUUCAUGCAGAUAGAUUUGGUUUCCCAUAUGGUGCAGCGGAUAUAGUGUGUUUGGAACCCGAAAACUGUGAUCCAACACAUGUAUCAAUUGAUCAGUCUCCACAUGGAAAUAUUGACCAGCUGCCAAGGUUUGAAAUAAAAAACCGCAAGGCUGAGACCUUUUCUGUUGACUUCACUGUAUGCAUUUCUGCUAUGUUUGGAAAUUACAACAAUGUCCUGCAGUUUAUACAGAGUGUGGAAAUGUACAAGAUUCUUGGGGUACAAAAAGUGGUGAUCUACAAGAACAACUGCAGCCACCUGAUGGAGAAAGUCUUGAACUUUUAUAUGGAAGAAGGAACUGUAGAGAUAAUUCCCUGGCCAAUAAACUCACACCUCAAGGUUUCUUCUAAUUGGCACUUUUCUAUGGAUGCAAAAGACAUUGGCUACUAUGGACAAAUCACAGCUCUAAAUGACUGCAUAUACCGUAACAUGCAGAGGAGCAAGUUUGUGGUUCUUAAUGAUGCUGAUGAAAUAAUCCUUCCCCUUAAGCACCCAGACUGGAAAACAAUGAUGAACAGUCUUGAGGAGCAAAACCCAGGGACUGGCAUUUUCCUCUUUGAGAACCAUAUCUUCCCAGAAACUGUAUCUACUCACGAGUUCAACAUUUCGUCCUGGAAUACAGUGCCGGGUGUUAACAUACUACAGCAUGUUCACAGAGAGCCUGAUAGGAAAGAUGUAAUCAAUCCCAGGAAAAUGAUAAUUGAUCCACGAAAGGUGAUUCAAACCUCAGUCCACUCUGUCCUUCGUGCUUAUGGGAACAGUGUGAAUGUUCCCAUGGAUGUUGCUCUCAUUUAUCAUUGUCGGGUGCCCCUUCAAGGUAACCUUCCCAGAGAAUCUCUCAUCAGAGAUACAACGCUGUGGAGAUACAACUCAUCAUUAAUCAUGAAUGUUAAUAAGGUGCUGUAUCAAACCAUACUGUAA